AUGCCAUCUGCUUAUCCAUGGGAAUAUGUUUGGUGUCUUUCGUUCAUUCCAAUCAUCUUCUCACUUUUAUCAUUCCCAAAAAACAAACUCAAAUAUCUCAACUAUGCUUAUUAUUCACAAUUUCUUUUCGGAAUCUUGCCAUGUAUGAUUGGAUUGGGAGGACAAUUACCGGAGUUAUUAGAAUAUGUUAAUGAUAUGGAAGGAAGUAAUACACCAACAUUCAAAGGAAUAUUUCCAAUGGUUAUUAUUUGGUAUAUUUUCUUUGCAGUUGCUCUUCAAAUUCAUGGUUUCUCUAUGUAUUUUUCACACAAUCUUGCUGCCGCCUGGGCUCCAGUUAAACGGGAUUAA